UUGUCUAAACAUUUACAUAGGUGCAGUACUGUACGAUAUUGAUUGAAUGCAUUUAAAUCCACCCUUGCUAAAGCCUUCACGUCAAAUAUUUCUCAUCAUAGGUGUCCUCAUCCAUAAGGCGCAGUUUGCGCUGAGGUCGAGUGGGAAUCCCCCUAAAAUGGAAGCAAUACAUGGGAAUGCACGUAGUGCCGUGCACACUUUCGCUCUACUCCUCCCUUCUGCCCUCCCUCGUCUCGUCUUCUGCCUAGCAGCAGCUAGCAAGUUCGCUUCACGCUUCCCCAUCGCUCGCUUCGUCGUUCAAUUCGAAACACCCCGCAGCCGCUGGUCAUUGUCCGACGCUUAAAGCAGGAAACUGCGCGAUCGAAAGCUCUCGGUUCAACGUGGGAACUUUUGCAACCAAAGCGCGCGCCUCACAUCAGCCAGUGAUCGUGACGUAGUUAUUGACAAAUCUUCAUUUCGCUUUGCGCUGCAUUUGAUGUCACCCGAGCUCUAGUCGCGCGCUGUCUGCACAGGUCUCCUGCCGCAAAGGACUCUCUUAGAAGUGCGCGAGGACACAACACAGUGCGAUGAAAGGGACGCAGGGAGAGCAGGAGGGAUGAGAAAGCGAUUCAAGUGAAAGAAGACUAACAUCACCAUAAAGUGCCUCAUCUGGAUGCUGCGGAAGCCCUUCUCUGUGUCCACACUCCCAUCCUGGCUGGUCUGCGCUUCGGAGCGCUCUCUUCCCCGCUGACUUGAGCGUGUGUGUGUGUGCUUGGCCUUGGCUCGGGCUAUAUUUCACCGUGACAGUCAAUCAACCCAUUUGCCUGUUCCUCGAUUCCAGCUCCGCCUGCUCGCCAUUUCACCUUUUAAUACAAGGACGCCUGUCGAUUAGUUUCCCUUUUGGGUUCUCAAAGUGUCUCUCUCUUCACUUCUGUGGUCUCUCCAUCCCUUGCGACUCAGACAUGCGAGUAUCUUUAGGGACUGCUGCGCCUAUGGCAACAGGGCAGGGGGUUUCGGAAGCCUAAAUUUAGAGAAAGUCCAUUUUACACCAAUGCAAGAGGGCUAUUUUAAACCCAGAGCUCUGGAGGGUGAGUCUAGACAGUGGGGCGACCACUGCAGACAAAUACAAAGUGCCGCUUUACUCUACUUUUAAUGCCUUGUUUUCCUGGACGCCAGCCGAAGAUGCACCGCAGCAUGUCACAUUGACCUACUCCACCUCAUCACACUUGACUCAUCGCCCUCCCUACCUGACUUUAAACAGAUCUCAUAUUCUCGUCAUACUUCCUCACUGGCUGAUCAACAGACUAUGCCCCCUUCCUGUUCAUAAGAUUUUUCAUAAGGUUUUCAUUUCUAGACUGGUAGUCUGAGGAUCUCCUUGCCACUGUGCUCAUUUUUUGCAGCCUUUGUGCUUCAUCACGCCUGGCUGCCCCACCCCAGCCCUCCGCUCACCCGCCGCUCGCCGAGGGACUGCCAUGGCCGUCAAUGUGACCAUGGGUCGCGACACCAAGUGGCUGACGCUGGAGGUGUGCAGAGAGUUCCAGCGAGGAACCUGCUCGCGUUCGGACACUGAAUGCAAGUUCGCUCACCCCUCUCGCACCUGCCACGUGGAGAACGGCCGCGUCAUCGCCUGUUUCGACUCUCUCAAGGGACGCUGUACACGUGAUAACUGUAAGUACCUGCAUCCUCCGCCUCAUCUCAAGACCCAGCUGGAGAUAAACGGCAGGAACAACCUGAUCCAGCAGAAGACCGCAGCCGCCAUGCUGGCCCAGCAGAUGCAGUUCAUGCUGCCUGGAGCUCAGCUGCAGCCCAUAACAUCAUUCCCAGUAACGCCUUCCUUGGCCAACAGUCCGAGCAUGGCUUUCAGCCCAUACCUGAGCCACAUGAGCCCGGGCAUCAGUCUCAUGCCCGAACUUCUGCCCAGCGCCCCCGUGCUGGUCCCGGGGAGCCCCACCGGCAUCGCCAUGGGCAACGGAAAUUCAACACAGAAACAUGUUCGCACAGACAAGCUUGAGGUGUGUCGAGAAUUCCAGCGGGGAAACUGCACACGCGGGGAGAACGACUGCCGCUAUGCCCACCCGAUGGAAGCCGCCAUGGUGGAUGGCAGCGAGAACUCCGUCAUUGUUUGCAUGGAUUACAUCAAGGGCCGAUGCACCCGUGACAAAUGCAAGUACUUUCACCCCCCGGCUCACUUACAGGCCCGGAUAAAGGCGGCGCAGCACCAAGCCAGCCAGAAUGCUGCUGCCAUGGCUCUGCCACCAGGAGCCAUGCAACAGCUACCAAAGAGACCGACCCUGGAGAAGACUAACGGCGCGGCUGCCGUCUUCAACCCCAGCAUGUUCCACUACCAGCAGGCAUUGGCCAGCAUGCAGCUGCAGCAGCCAGCGUUCAUUCCCACAGGCUCCGUAUUCUGCAUGGCUCCAUCUGGAGGCAUUGUUCCCAUGAUGCACGGUGCCACCACUUCCACUGUUUCGUCGGGUACUACGACAGUAGUCAAUGUUCCUUUUGCUGAAUCAGCCACCUCCAACCAGACGCCGCCGAGGUACUGAGCGCCGACCCCAUCGACCUCCAGUGCGUUCCCAUAGAGGCCCAUUUCUGUCCCGUUCCUAAACUCCUGGUGGCUGCACCAAUGCCGCUGAAUCCAGUAAGCCUCUCCCACAAUCCCACAACCUAAUCAGGCCCAUCUCUCAUGCAACAUGUGCCCCAACAACAGAAAAAUGAAUGCAACAAAACGUGUGCCUAAUCAGUACGUCCUUAACGGGCAAUACAUUCAUCUUCAUAUCAGAGAUUCCCACUUCAUUUGACGUCAACAGAGGUUUGUUGAUAUUGAAACAGGCAAUACUUAAGCUUGGACCUACAACUGUUUAAGGAAGCAUGCCAACUCGAUGCAAGGAGACGUAAGGAGCGUGCGGAUGCUGAAUCAGAAGACAGAGCGCUCUCGUAACUCACAGCCAUAUGAAUACAUGCAAACCAAUUAGCUGAGAAGAAUGAAUUCUCUGGAGAUGAACAUUAGAUCCGACUUAUCUAAUGUACGGUAAGAGGUGGAGUCGUUGCAGAUCAUCAGCAGACAGAAUGUGAAAACCCAGAGUGUGUGAGAGCGGCACCUAAUGCUAAUGAUAUUUUACAUAGUUGUGGUGGUGGUAAUUUCUUUCACAUUUAAUUACGAUUAAUGAACGUGGCACGUUUUAUUUCAUGUUUACAUUUCAAAAUGUGGAAAAAAAGGUUAUUUAAAAAUUAUUUGUAAGAUAAUCUGAUAAUGAUACUGAUUUAGGUUUUUUGUUAAGAGGUUUUCAAAAUGUCGUUGUUCGUGCCUUUGAGUUACAAGUUUGUGGACGUCUUUUUCCCCCAGUUAUUCUGUACUCAACUGACUCACAUUUUAUCAUAGACUCAGAGAGUAUACCUGUGUAGCCUUUCAGAAUCAAUGUGUCGUUCCUUCGUCUACUUAGGGAUGUGUGUUGUUGUGAGGUUUUCUUGAAAGAGUAUUAUUUAUUUAAUGACUGUCCAACAGGCUAAAACUGGUCUACUGAGAUAAGUGUUACUGUUCAUGCCUGAAGUAUCUCACUUCACAUUUCAAGCUCCACAUCGAGACGGUCAAACAGAAGAUUGGUUCACGUACUCAUACCUCCGUUUUAAAAAUAGAACUGCCUUAAGCAGACUAAAUAUGAGCACUUCCUGUUGCACAGUGUGAUGCACACUGAAAUGUAAGGUCUGAUUGCAGGCCUUCUGUAUGUAUAAGAAGAUUUUACCUGGACUUUAUUUUUAUUCCAUCUGGUCUUCAUUCUUUAAUGUUUUCUUGCAUAUAUUCCUUAACUAUCGCCGAAUGUCCUGGAUAUUCAAAUGCUUUAAAAAAAAUAGUCAUGUUUAUUUGCUUUUUAGAUUAUUAGCAUAUAACAUUUCUUUGAUUACUGGUGAAUUUCAUGAGAACAGUCAC